UAUUAUGCUAAUGCGAUUCAUUGCCAUUAACAAUUUUUUUUUUUUUUUGCUUUGUCUCGAGCAGUUUUGUUCUACUAAUUCUAAAAUUGAUCUAAAAUGAGCAAGCCGGAAGAAUCUAAAUCCGGAUCUCCCAAGCUGAACAAAAGGAUCUUGUCGUCCUUGUCCAAGAGAUCGGUCAUCGCUCAUCUUUGGCACGACAUUGAAGUUGGUGCUGAAGCACCUCAGAUUCUCAACUGCGUUGUGGAGAUAACAAAAGGGAGUAAAGUGAAGUAUGAACUUGACAAGAAAACUGGUCUCAUAAAGGUUGAUCGUGUUCUAUACUCGUCAGUAGUAUAUCCUCACAACUACGGUUUCAUUCCACGCACUCUAUGUGAAGACAAUGACCCCAUCGAUGUUUUGGUCCUUAUGCAAGAGCCAGUCCUCCCCGGCAGCAUGCUAAGGGUCAGGCCUAUUGGGUUGAUGCCUAUGAUUGACCAGGGAGAGAAAGAUGAUAAGUUGAUAGCCGUAUGCGCUGAUGAUCCAGAAUAUAGACACUACACAGACAUCAAGCAGCUCGCCCCUCAUCGGCUCAUGGAAAUCCGACGAUUCUUUGAAGAUUAUAAAAAGAAUGAAAAUAAAGAGGUGGCAGUGAACGAAUUCUUGCCUCCCGCAGCUGCACUAGAAACUGUUCAACAGUCCAUAGAUCUAUAUGCUGAAUAUAUUUUGCUAACACUGAAGAAAUGAGGCGUCAGAGGCUGCAUUAUCGCGAGAGCAAACCGCAAUCAUCAGUUUUUGGCAGGAGAUGAUUGCUACUUAAUUAAUUAAAGAGCGUUAAUUAGUACUAUAUUAAUAUCAUAAAUAAAAACUGAAUUUCAUAAUUCAGUUUUUAAUUUCUUUUGUCAUAUUACUUUUUGUUAAUUAGUUGCUAGUUUGUUUCUUCUGUAUAAAAAUAAGUUUAUCGUUUGUAAUUUGAACUGGUUUGAUUUACAGAGAUGCAGAGAUAAAUAAAAUGCUGUAUUUAUUAAUGAAUA